CAAUUUUCCACGUGUGUCAAGUUUGAGGUUACAUACAAGUUCAAGAUAUUUUAUGCAUUCAUUGUUUAAUUAUUAUAAUUACUAUUAGUAUUUAAAAAUGCAACACGACGAUGUUGUUUGGAGUAUCAUUAAUAAAGCAUUUUGUUCAUACAAGGUUAACACAAAAACACAAAGAUUUUGCCGCAAUGAAUACAAUUUAACUGGUCUGUGUAAUCGUUCUUCAUGUCCUUUAGCAAAUAGUCAAUAUGCCACAGUUAGGGAAGAAAAGGGAAUCAUUUAUUUGUACAUGAAGACAGCUGAGAGGUCAGCAUUUCCAAGGAAAACAUGGGAAAAAGUGAAAUUAUCUAGAAACUUUGAAAAAGCUAUUCAUCAAAUUAAUGAAAAUUUGCUGUACUGGCCCGGAUUUAUCAAAUCAAAAUGUAAACAGCGUUUUGUUAAAAUUACUCAGUAUUUAAUACGCAUGAGAAAACUUAAACUGAGGAGACAGAAAUUGAUUGUUCCCUUGCAGCGUAAUAUAGAAAGACGGGAAAAAAUAAGAGAAAGGAAGGCCCUUAUUGCUGCAAGAAUAGAAAAGGGAGUUGAAAAGACUUUAGUAGAAAGAUUGAAGAAGGGAGUUUAUCAAGAUUUGUACAAUAUCCCCCAAACAGCAUUUGAAGACGCUCUAAGAGAAAAUGAAGUAGAGUCCGAAACUGAAGAGACAGAAAAAGAAGUGGAAAUGGAAGGUGAAGAUGGAAGUGAAUUUGUUCCAGCAGAUACAGAUGAAGAAAGUGAAAAUGAAGUGGAGAGUGAUAGUGGCCAACCUGAAGAAGUUGAUCUUGAUAGCAGUUUUGAAUCAUCUGAAGGAUCGGACAUUGAAGAUAUUCAAGGACCAAGUACGUCCAAGAAGGAUAAAACUGGCAAAAAGAAGAAAGACAAAUCGCCAUUUAAGAGGAGCUUACAGAGACCACAUGUAUCAGUGGAGUAUGAACUUGAAACUGAAGAACCAGCAAAUGUUUCUACUUAUUAAUGUUCAUAACGAAUGUAUAAAUAAAUUUUUUGAAUAGUU